GACUGUUAAUUUGACAGUCAAAUCUAACGGAAAAUCGCAACAAGGACGCGUCUGUACGCGGCCACGUCAUGUAAACUAAACGGGGAAGGAGUGCGUACACCAGGGUAACCAAAAUAGAAGAAGACUGAAACAGCAUUUCUGCGUUGUGAUCACAGAUCCGUUUGUUGCACCUGCUCGUUUUCCUAAACUGCAUCGGUGGAGAACCGACAGAGAAUCUCCAGGCUUUAUAAUCAUAUGGCAAGAUGUCAGAUAUCGGGGACUGGUUUAAAAACAUCCCUUUCAUCACUCGCUACUGGUUUGCUGGCUCAAUUGCAGUGCCGCUAAUAGGAAAGCUGGGAUUAAUCAGUCCUAUAUAUCUCGUGUUAUGGCCGGAGGCAUUCUUUCAUAAAUUCCAGAUAUGGAGACCAAUAUCUGCAACACUGUAUUUCCCAGUUGGCCCAGGGACGGGUUUUCUAUACCUGGUUAAUUUGUAUUUCCUCUACCAGUACUCCUCAAGGCUUGAAACAGGAGCUUUUGAUGGAAGAACAGCAGACUACAUGUUCAUGCUUCUAUUCAACUGGAUUUGCAUUGUUAUAACAGGCCUAAUGAUGGACAUGCAGCUCCUGAUGAUCCCUUUGAUCAUGUCUGUUCUGUACGUCUGGGCUCAACUAAAUCGUGACACGAUUGUAUCUUUCUGGUUUGGCACCAGAUUCAAGGCUUGUUAUCUCCCUUGGGUCAUUCUGGGAUUCAACUAUAUCAUCGGAGGCUCCGUUGUCAACGAGCUGAUUGGGAACUUAGUUGGUCACCUUUACUUCUUUCUGAUGUUCAAAUACCCCAUGGACCUGGGUGGCCGGUCCUUCCUCUCCACCCCACAGUUCCUGUACCAGAUGUUCCCAAAUCGACGAGGUGGGGUUUCUGGAUUCGGCGUUCCUCCAAGCAGGAGACCUCUGCCCCAAGAGCAGGCAGGAGGUGGAGGAGGUGGGCGCCAUAACUGGGGUCAAGGCUUUCGGCUGGGGGACGACUGAAGUCUUGACUCUUCCAUCAAUGGAUAAAUACAGAAACUUCUAACAUCAAUGCUGCAGAAUAUGAAUUUUAUAUGUUUUGGGUUUGUGUUUGUUGCAUUUCUUCUGACCCAAAAGGAAAAGUGACGGAGCUCUUUCCCAGCGUUACAUAUUUUCCUCUUACUCUCAAUGUCAUAUCACACUGUUAUUGACUUUCACAGUGUGUUCAGAAACUCUGCAAAAAUAUGUGCAGUAGCAGAGUUGGUAUAAUUGUAGGAAAUUCAGGGGACUUUAAUUGUGUUUCCCAUAAUAUGACUGCAUCCUUCAGCGUAUUCAUGUUACUUGCUCACAGUCAAAUGUAGCUGAUUAAUUUCUCUAUGAACUAUUCAGUAUAGAUUGUUUGUUAGCAUGGUUGUUUAGGAAUGGACUUCAAAUCUUUUUUUUUUUUUUUAUCACCUCAUUUGUCUAAAUUAAUUAGGUUAAAUUUAUUGUAAAUUUUCUUAAGCAUUACUUUUGCUUUACAUUUGCGAAUGAACUGAAUUACCAAUCAGAACAUUCAGAUGAAAGUGCUAUGCAUAUUUCAGUCUGUUUUAUACAUGUAUGCAUAUUUCCAUCUGUUUUAUAUGUUUAGAUGCCAGCCUUGAGUAAAGUUUAUCAAACCAUUUCCAGUAAAACUGCCAUGCACUUUUCACACAUUACUUAUGAUUAAACUAAGUUAAGAUUAGUCUUAUACGUACACAUGCCAUCUGACAGCAAACAGAAA